UGAGCGUAUUCUGCACGUAUAUGCUCGUGUCACCCUCGGAUUGGCCUUGGAUUUGAUCAAACCCUGGAUUUGCCUGGACAUACAGUCUCCUAGAGCUGUGAUUCUGUUUCUAUUCUCUUCCACAAAAAAACAAAGCAGAAAAAUUUUUUACAAACCAUCAUCCUCUCUUCUCCAAGGACUCGGACCCGCCAAUUACUGGAUAUUCUCUUCCCCUGGAAUCUUCCGUGCUCAUUGUUGAUCCCUUAUCUGUGGACAAGAUGACUGGACGCCACGGAUAUGAUGGGCGCCCGGAGCGCCAGAAUGAAUAUUUUAUUCCAGGUGAUGGAAUCAGCCGGGAGGUCAUCCAGGCCGACAUCUGUCGCUAUCUGGGAAAUGAUGCGCUUGUAAAACCAGGAACGCAUAAUGGCCAAAAGGGUUAUCUGAUCCGUGCUUACCGCAAUCUCACCUCCGAGAUGAUUGCGGAUCUCAAGGCUGACUCUGCUCGGUGGGAAGCAGAUGUUUCGCGCAGGGCAGACCUUGGCUAUCCCAGAGGUAGUUAUGUGCAAGAUAUGAACGUGUCUCCAAGCCCUAACAUGCCUCCAGCAUCAUAUGCUGCGUCUGCCAUUCAUGAGAUGCGGCAGCAGGGUUCAUCUCCUCAGGCCUUCAGUGCAGCUCCUCCUCAGCCGCCUCACAUGGACCCUUAUAUGCAGCCGGCCCCCUAUGGAGGUCCUCCGAACCCUGCCUAUCCGGCACCAUCUUCUUACUCACAGCCUCCUUAUUACCCUCCUCCCCAGAAUGCGUACGCUGGCCAGGCACAACCGCCUUCGUCUACUCCGGAUAUGCACCCCUCGUACACAUAUACGAGCACCGCGGGUUAUGCCUAUGAACCCGGGAGGAAUAACGCCCCUAGGUAUCCUGGACCGGGUUAUGAGAAUGAUGCGGACUAUGCUCCUGUCACCUCGGGGAUAGCUUAUCCAGCUACUACUGCCCCGGACCCACGGAUAACAAUGGAUCCAAGAUACACUCCGGAGUCGGCUUACUCGGAUCACAGAGCCCAGUCUAACCGGCCACAACAAGCUAGAGGGGACAGAGACCGUCCCCGUCGUUAGACAUGCUCAUUUAU